AUGAGUGACCAACAGGCGAUUCAACCUGUGGUUGUCUCGAUCAGAUUCCCUCACAAAAAGCAGGAAGUUCAAUUGAAAAUCGCAAAAAAUGCAAGCGUUCAAUUAGUGCAUGAUGUACUUCAAUUCACUCCCUCGACGAAAUACUUGACAAACUUCGACCUGUACCUGAAUGAGAAAGUCCUCUCCGGAUCUGAAUUAAUUUCGAACAUUACCAAUUCAGAAUCUUUGAAACUUGUAGCGAAGUUUAGGCCUUACACAGUCAGGGAAGCUGUAAGACAUCUUUUUACAGUACGGGACUUCAUUGGAUUUGCCUCCGAAACCGAGGAUGGUAUAUCCCAAUUUGCGCUUUCAACCGGCACUAAGUUCUCUGAUAUGCCAUUGACCUCGGUUAAGGAACAAAAGGCCAAUGAAUCAGCUGCUAAUGGCGAUGAUUCUCAGGAAGAGAAGCCAGAGAAAUCACUUGAUAUGUCAGAUGAAGAGAAGAAGCAAUUCGACCAUGUCGUUCGUGAACUUUUAACGAAAAGUGUAGGCGUUACCGAACUACUUAAAACGAGAAGCAAUGUCGUCACUCCAUGUGUUCGUUCCCUUGCACUCUCCAGUUUCAACCCUGUUCCUGCAUUUUACAGAACGAAAGGCCAUUUACUAUAUUUACAGGUUGUUACUCUGGAAGGUGAAACUUUUCACAUUACUGCAGCUACAUCUGGAUUUUAUGUCAAUAAGUGUAGCUCUUACAAAUUUGAUCCAACGCCAAAGGAUGGUUGCCCUAUUAACGUAUCCCUUUUUGACUUAAUUGCUACGCACUCCAAAAAGUUUGCCGAUCAUAUUCAGGCAUUGGACGAAAAGCUUGGCAAAUUAGAAACCAUCAACUAUGCCAGACCAACAACCACAUUUCUAAAUAAGCCAUGGUUGGUUUCAACAACACCCUCAAUUAAUGGUGAUUAUGCUCGAUUGCAGCUAAAUGAGUUGGAUUUUAGCGCAGAGAGAAAUUUUAACGACGAAUUCCAAGCCAUAAAGGACAUUCCAGCUAGUGACUUCCAAUCACGAGUUGAUUCAGAAAAGUUAAUCGCUAAGGUUAGUCAUGAAUUCACGGAGGCCUCCGUUGCAGGUGCAAUGUCAAUUUUCUACGAGGAUAUGGUUCCAAUGAAUCCAGAAGCGCCAAGGGAAGAGCAAAUUUAUUUGAAGGACAACAUAUUUUACUCAUUUGUUUCCGAUAUCAAUGGUACUUACAGUAAUGUGGGUGGUGAUGAAGCUGCCUUUGCAGCUUCAAACCAGGAUUUACACACCAUUAAGCUACUUCACCGCGUUAAUUUAACUGAAAUUCGCUUCUUGUUAACUACAAUUAUCGAUUUUGCCGGCCAUCGUUUAUUAGCUCAAACUCCAGUUCCAGGUCUCUUGAAUGCAAUGGGAACUAUAACCAAAAAAGAUGCUACUGGAAAAGAGUCAAGCGAAGACCUCCCUAGUGAUGUCACAGUUUCUUACGGUUUGGAGGAAAAUAGCGGAAAGAUUCUUGAAAAUCAAGAAUUCAAUGACGCCAUCGAUUCAUUUGCCAAGAUUUUCCAUUUGAAGGAACAUGUUACUGGUGGUGCAAAGAUUAAGUUUUCUGGUCAAUCCAAAGGUAUCAUUGGAAGUGAUAAAAGAAAAUACAUCUUGGAUUUGGCAAACUCGCACCCCUUUGAUGUGGAGUUCGCACGCCAAUAUUAUGAUGGAAUUCCUGCUGCAGAUCGUUAUCCACAUAGACAAACUUUGAUUCGUCAUGAGCUAAUUGAAAAAUGGUGGAUCACUAAGGCCGAGCAAGCUGGUGCCGAUAUCGAAAAGGCCUUCGAAUCGAAUGAGUUUUCCUUCAAUCCUGAUGCAUACUAUGCCGAGGGGAUCGAAGAUCCAGUUGUCGAGGAGAUUUCUAAAUAUUUGUCCAGUGAAGUUCUACCAAACGUAGUGAGAGAUUACGCUGCUGGAAAUUUAACCGCGCCCUAUGAUGGUGAGCAUCUGACUCAGUCACUGCAUAAGAAUGGUAUCAAUAUGCGUUACUUGGGUGAAGUGAUUUCUUUGACGGAAAAGGAAUUGCUAGUUCAAAUUGAGCAGCAUGAAAAGAAACUUAAGGAAGUCGAGAAAGAUAAUCAAGACCAUGAAGCUUGGGAAAAAGAAUAUUUGUUGAAAAUCGAGAAGCUCAUCAAAGAAAGACAAGAAAAGAUUAACAAGUAUGUUCAAGCUGGCCAGGAAGUUCCAAAAGAAUUGGCUGAAAAUUUGAAACUUGACGAAAAUGAGAUUAGAAAGCCUACUAAAGGUGAACCUCAUAUGGUUAAUAGAGACCAACUAUAUUGUCUACUCAAUGUGUCUCAAUUGGAAAUCAUUUCCCGUUCUCUCAAGCACGUUCUCAGAAGAUACUCCAAGGAAUUGCCGGUAUCUGUUGUACCAAGUUUGAUCUCCUACUUCUUCAAUCUACUAUUUGGUGUUACUUACAAUGAUCACCCUCAAGUUGAAUUUUCAGAUAGCUUCUACUCAAACGGUAGCUUCUCGUUCACCAAGGUCACACGUGAGAGUUUGGUCAACGAAAUUACUACCCAAGCCAAGCUUCGUUUCCGUUUUGAAUUAACUAAUGAUGUUUUCGAAAAAUUUUCCAGAUCACCUUUAGCACUAAUUAGAUCUGUUUCCAAAAAAUUUGGUAUUCAAAUUUUAAACAAAGACUACUUCUACACUAAAGAUGAAUUCGAAGAUUACAAACAGAGCCAAGAUAAGAAAAUUAGAAAUAAGCUUGUGGCUCCUACUAGCACUUUUUCACCGGAUGACUUGUUAGUUAUCCCAAUUAUAAAAGGGGGAGACUACCAGUCAGUUGUUGGGGAUGACUUCUGGAAUCAAGGUGCUGCUUUGCUUGGUGAAAAACAAGAAGAGGGCUUGGCAUUAUUAACCCAAGCUCUAGCCAUCAAAGAAGAAGUCAAUGGAAGCAUUCACUCUUCUGCUGCGGAAUCUUAUUUGGCACUUUCCACCAUUUACCAUAAACUAGGUAAAGUAUCGGAAGCAGCUAUACUCUGCAGGAAGGCUUGCAUUAUCUAUGAAAGAGUUUUUGGUGUGGAUUCCUUCGAAAUGUUAAGAUGUUUGACCAAUUUGGCAAUAUUAGAAAUUGGUAAUGAAUCUCCUUACAAUGCUGCCGUUGUGCUACAGAGAAUCGUGAACACACUGGACACCGUUUGUCCUGCCGAUCAUCCUGCUGUUGUUAAUGCGCACACAAUGAUUCAACAACUUGCCAUGGCUACUAAAGACGUCAAAUUAACCAUUGAUGUAUUGAAAAAGCUUUCUGAUUUAAUUUUGAAGAUUGAUGGUGGUGAGCGUUCCAUCGCCUAUGGAUACAAUGAAUCUCGUAUUGGGAACUUGUAUGCAACCAUAGAUGAUUUGAACAGUAGUUUGAAGGCCAUCAUUGAAGCGCGGGAAGUUUUCACCAAGGAGUUGGGUCUAAACGAUCAAACUACUGUGCAAUGUAAGCAAUGGAUUUCUGGUAUUGAAAAUUUGAUUCAAAGUAAAUUACAGCAGAAGAAAUUAAACCAGCAACAAGCCUCUGUCAAUAACGCGCCUACUCACAACUCGAAAAAGAAUUCUAAAAACUCUAAAAAGGGUGAAAAGCCUAAUCCCGAAAUUGCGAACAAAUCGAUUGAUGAAUUGAUUAACUUUAUUGAAGGUGGCUCUGCCAAGAAGACUAAAAGCAAGAAAAAAUCUAACAAGCAAUGA